AUGGCGGCCGGCGGCUCGGGGAAAACCGAGCGAGUCCCCUAUGCACCCCGCGAUCAGCCGCCUCAGCUCUGCCUGGGGCAGCUCCGAAGCAGCAACCUCGGCGAUCAAAAGCUUAACAGGCCAGAGCCUCAGCAGAAAGCUCCCUCAGCACCUCCACCCCCACCGCCACCCCCACCUCCACCCCUGCCGGAGCCCACCCCGCCAGAGCCAGAGGAGGAGAUCCUCGGGUCUGACGAUGAGGAGCAGGAGGAUCCCGCGGAUUAUUGUAAAGGUGGCUAUCAUCCAGUGAAAAUUGGCGAUCUCUUCAAUGGCAGGUAUCAUGUUAUUAGAAAGCUAGGAUGGGGACACUUCUCUACAGUCUGGCUAUGCUGGGAUAUGCAGGGAAAAAGAUUUGUUGCAAUGAAAGUUGUAAAAAGUGCCCAGCAUUACACAGAGACAGCCUUGGAUGAAAUAAAAUUACUCAAAUGUGUCCGUGAAAGCGACCCUAAUGAUCCCAACAAAGAUAUGGUUGUACAACUAAUCGAUGACUUCAAAAUUUCUGGAAUGAAUGGAAUACGUAUCCUUUUGAAAACAUUGCAUCUUCAUCAAUAGUGAUCUGUGGAGAUAAGAAAGCUCUUCGUUCUGGCUAUUUUUAGGUAGUCUUAAUUUAAAACAGUAGUGCAGAAACAUCAACGUAAGUGUAGAUGGAAGGAAUGGUACAAUAUGUAAUAUGCUCACUGGAGUGAAAUAGCUUAGUUUUUUUAAAUACAGUGCAAAAUAAAAAUUAACAAAAGAUAUUAAUCCUGUCACAGUCUAUUAGAACUACAAAGGAUAAGGUUGUUUAGAAACAGCAGUUUUACUGAAAAGAUUAGUAAUAGGUGAGGCUUACAGUAUGCAUGUUCUGCUCUAGACUAGUAAGGAGAAAGAAAGUGUUAGUGUCAUGAAGAAGGUUGUUUCUGUUUUUUUCUGUGAA